GGAGCCGCGGCGCCCGUGACAUAUUUACUUCUAUAUUGGUGUUCGGAUUUUUCAUUAUACAAAAAAAAAUACUUAUCAUCAUUAUUGGUUGGAUUUUUUGGCUUAUUAGCAUGUCUUCUGAGCUAAACUAUGAUUUCCAACAAAAACAUUAGUGAAAAAGCUGCCUAUUUUUAUAAUAUGGGAGUAGAUAAUCCAAAAAUGCUGAAAUCACCUAUUUAUUCUUCAGCCCGAAAUGUGGUAGGACCGUGAAGUUAGCCGCGCACGGCCAAGAGUAAGGGGAUUGCUUUCUCAUAAAUAUCGAAAUCCCGCUCAUUUCCGCUAUUCAGGUUGAGGUUACUAUAUGCUUUCCCGCCAUAUACUUACUGCCGAUUUUAUUUAUAAUCGUCAUACAAGAGAAUCGUUGUGUUUUUUUAAUCUGGUCUGGCUAAAAGAAAUUCAUUUUUAAAGUCCAACAAUUCAGUGCAUUCACUUUAUAAAAAUGAAUUGUAGUUCUUCUUAUACAACCGAUGAGGAGAUGGAGUAUUUGGAAGAUCGUGAUGUAACCACAAUCAUUGUGGGGUAUGUCGAUGCAAUUACUGCUCCUGCAAAAGCUCCUGGCAAGAACGAUUUAUUAUUUAAAUUUGUUGUAUCAAAUGGAAACAGACGCAUUCCUAUUCUUGUAUGGGACGUAGAUCUUAUCAAUAAAUUAUCUAAAGAAAUUUGUUCUAGCAGGGUAGUAAGUAUUAAUGGUGGCCACUGUCGAGCUGUUGCCCCAUCGAAAAUCAAGGACGAAAGUAAUUUGGUCCCAUUUGAAGUAAUAAUAAAGGAAAAUACAGAAGUUUCUUUUUUGGGCUAUCACAACUUACAAAAUCAAACGACGAAUCAACUUCAAAAGGCCACUUUUGAUAACAUACACACUUUAGAAGGACUAAUAGAAAUUUCUGGCUACAUAAGAACGAAGUUUUCGUUAUUGCACAAUCGUAGUGGCCAUAUGACUUAUGGAUUAGGAGCAAUCACCGAUGGGAUUAAAAAAAUCACUGUUCAAGUGAAACAGUUUACGGAAUGUGAGGUUGAAAUUGGAGAUUAUGUCACUGUUACAGGAAUAUUAAAAGGCCAAGACUCCCUUGUAACAAUUUUUUGCGAUAGCAUCAAUAACAUAAAGUUGGAUGCUGAAAAACCAGCUUUAACAGCAGCAGAAGUUCAACGUGGUAGCCGACCAGUUAAACGCAUACGCACAAGUGACAAAAAAUGUUGAAUUACAUUUAAAAUAUUCCAUAUAUUUUGAGUUCUACGGUUAAAAGCUAUUAUUUAUUGAUUAUUUAAAAAAAAAUUACUGUUACAUAUUUCAUAUGUUCUGAGUUUUACGGUUCAAAGCUUUUAUUUAUUACUUUGCUUUUAUUUUAUACUAUUACAAUUUUGAACUAGAUUAAAGAAGAAUAACAAAUCAUAAGACUAAUUACGUACAAGUUUGGUACAAAAUGUGAUUCAUAGUUUUAUGACUGUGAUAUUAGAAACAUAUUUUGAUAGUUAUUCUUCAGACUAAAAAUAUGUGAUACUCGUGUUUAUCGAAACUAAAAUAAUUAUAUAUUUAAAAAGUCAAUACUCUUAUUAUAACAGUAUUUUCAUAAUGUUUAAUUAGUUUCAAAGAUUAAUAUAUAAUUAUGAUAUUUUCAGUUACACGCUAAAGUAUAAUGACUUCAAAGACUAAUUGACUUAAGAUUUUCAAUUACAUGUUCAAGUAUUUAAAUAAUUUAAAUGACUUUUAAGACUUGUUACAAGAAGAGAAUUGUAUCUUUUAAAGAUAAAGAUGACUCCGUAAACAAAAGUAUAUUUGUAGUUCCUAAUAUAGAAUUUACUAUAUUAAAAAGUUAACAUAAUAUUUCUAUAUAAUUUUGUAUUUGCAUGAAGUUUGUUUAUUUGUUUGUACAAACAAUGUAUCAAGUCUACGUAUAUUUUUUAUAAUAUAAAGUAAAUAAAAAGACUAUUAUGAGAUUACGAUGAUAUAAAACUGUUCUUUUUGGCAACAUAUAUUUCAAACAAAAAAUAAGUUAAUUAAUUAAAUAAAAUAAGUAGUACAAUG